AUGGAGAAAAACAAGAGAGUUUUCACGUUUCUGCUUCUGCUUGUGUUUUUCCAUGGAGCUAUAAUGAUGAGAUCAAAUGGAUAUGAAUUUGAAGAAGAGCAGCAGGGAGGAGGAGAAGGAGAAGGAAGGGAAAGAGGAUGGUUUAUGAUGAAAGAGUCGAAGCAAGUGUUCAAAUCAGAAGGUGGAGAAAUGAGAGUUGUGAUAUCUCCAAGAGGAAAGAUCAUUGAGAAGCCAAUGCACAUUGGCUUUCUAACAAUGGAACCUAAAACCCUCUUUGUCCCUCAGUAUCUUGACUCAAGCAUCCUCAUCUUCAUUCGUCAAGGUGAAGCAACCCUUGGAGUGAUCUGCAAAGACGAAUUUGGAGAGAAAAGCUUGAAAGGAGGUGACAUCUACUGGAUUCCGGCUGGUUCUGCCUUUUAUUUGCUCAACACUGGCCGAGGCCAACGUCUUCAUGUCAUUAUUAGCAUUGAUCCAUCUCAGAGCCUCGGUUUAGAAACUUACCAACCUUUCUACAUUGGUGGAGGCCAGUCUUCUGUUCUUGCCGGAUUUGAUCCUGACACUUUAACUUCAGCACUCAAUAUUACUCGACCAGAGGUGCAACAAAUGAUAAAGAGUCAAUUCCGAGGACCGAUUGUGCACAUUAGGAAAGAAGAGGCUCCAACAAUGUGGACCGAGUUCUUGGGGUGGAGAGGGGAAGAGAAACACAAACAUCUAAAGAAGCUAUUGGAGAUGAAACAAGGAUUCUCUCAAUACCAAGACUACAACAAUCCGUGGUGGUCUUGGAGGAAUAUAGUAAAAUCGAUGUUGGAUCUAACUCAAGAAAAGAACAAACAUUCCAAGUGCGAGGACUCCUACAACAUUUAUGAUCGGAAAAGUGAUUACAGUAACGACUAUGGAUGGAGUAAAGCUCUUGAUUAUGAUGCUUACGAGCCUCUCAAAUACUCUGGUGUUGGUGUUUAUCUUGUGAACCUCACCGCGGGAUCAAUGAUGGCUCCACAUAUGAACCCGACAGCAACAGAAUACGGCAUCGUUUUGGCCGGUUCAGGAGAGAUUCAGGUCGUGUAUCCGAACGGAACAUCUGCUAUGAACACUAGAGUCUCUGUAGGCGAUGUGUUCUGGAUCCCUCGCUACUUCGCCUUUUGCCAAAUCGCAUCACGGUCUUCACCGUUUGAGUUUGUUGGAUUCACCACAUCAGCUCACAAGAACCGACCUCAGUUUCUUGUUGGGUCAAACUCGCUACUUAAGAGUCUCAAUCUGACUUCAUUGGCCAUGGCUUUUGGUGUUGAUGAAGCCACGAUGAGGGAGUUCGUUGAGUCUCAGAAAGAGGCUGUUAUUCUGCCCACCGCAACUGCGGCUCCUCCCGAGUAA